AUGACACCAAAGAGCAAGACGACGGGCCGGACCGCCGCGUUGGCACGCUCGUUGGAGAAUCCGCGGCUCUUUUGGGGGUUCGCGUUGAUAGGCCUUUCAAACACAAUCCUCCCGUCAAUCAUCCACGCAGCCAACUACCUCAUCAUCCCCUACCCCCGACAUGUCGUUCUUCUCAUCGAGCUGCUGCCGGCGCUCCUGACCAAGCUGUCGCUGCCGUUCGUCGUCCACCGCGCCCCAUGCCGCAUCCGACCCCUCGUCGUCGCGGCGUGCUGGCUCCUCGCCAAGCGCAUCGCCGACGACACUCCGCCCAACGUCAUGCCCCCCGUGCGCAUAUUCACGACGGUCCUCGCCUCCGUCGCUUCGGCUACGACGGAGGUCUUUUGUCUCGGGAUGGUCGGGCGCGCCGGCGCGCCGGCGCUAGUCGGGUGGGGCUUCGGCACCGGCGCGGGACUGCUCCAGAACGCCGUGUGGCCGUUUCUGCUGACAUACGGCGCGGGGAAGGUCCUGAGGAGCGCCACGGGGUACAUCUACCACCUGGUUGCCAUGUUCCUAGUCUCCUACUUUGUCCUUCUGCCGCAGAGCCUCACUAAAAGGGGCAAAAGUAACGACGACGAGCGCGGGAAGAAUCGCGAUGACGCCAGCGCCGAGGAGGGGCGGUCGUUCCUGGGUCGGCAUGAGAAUACACCGCCGCAGUCCAACAGCCAGUGGGGGAUGAUCGGGAAGUUAAGAACCCUCCGCGGCUUGGCCCGGUCGGACAUAUUUCCGCUCGUCGUGGCUUCGGCUUCGCUAUCUCUGCUGCAGUACGGUCUCGCCAGACCGCUGGACGGGUCCGCCUUUGAGACGUUCUCUCACUUUUUUGCCACGUACGGCGUCGUCAUGCAUCUGGGGACCCUGCUGGGUCGGUCGUCGAUCACUUUCCUCCCGGUGCGGAGUCUCAGGCUGCAGGUUGUCGCUUUGGGCGUAUGGACCGCCGUCGCGCUGUUCAACGCCGUCUUCCUCAUAUCCACGUACAUUGCCUUCCUCUCGGCGUUCCUAGUCGGGUUUGCGGGUGGCUCACUGUACGUCAACGUGCUAGCGAGGGUCAGAAAGGAACACGAAGACCAGGCUGAUCGGGAGCUGAGCCUUGGGCUCGUCACCGCUGGCGAAACAGGAGGCAUGGUGAUUGGUGGUGUCGUGGGCGCCUUUCUUGAGACAACGAUGUGCGGAUCGCUCGUAAGCAGCAGACGCUGGUGUCACAGGUCAAGAUAG